GAGCGAGCACGCGAGAAGCCCCCUCCUCUAAUCCUCCCCUCACACGCUCCACCAUGGAGACACGAUCCUCUCCGUCCAUGCAGGAGCUGCGCGUCAUCGCCCACGAGCGUGGACUCAAGUACUACAUGCACCUGUCCAAACCCGAGCUCUUCUCGCUGCUGCAGCGCAAAGAAGGCGGCGGUUCGGCCGCCAAGCCCGCACCCGUAGCGGACGUUGUCAAGGAGGACGCCAUGCGUCGCGUCGAGAGCGCACCAACACCUGCGGCAACGGCUACGCGGACCAGCGAGCGGCUAUCGUCUCGCAAGAAGAAGCGCAAGACGCGUGAGAACGACAAGGCCGAGGCCCCGCGUGACAAGAAAACUACCAAGAUGGUCAUUAACACACUCGAUCCCAUCAUGCUCACUGAACUGGGCCCACAUACGUUUGAGUUUACGCGGACAAACGGAUCUGUGGUGGUGUACAACGUCGAGUCACUCGUGCAGUACAUCCUUGCCACAGGGGACUUCUCCGAGCCGGAGACGCGGAUCCCGUUCUCGGACGAGGACUUGCGUCGAAUCGAUGUUGAGGCGAGCAAGGCAGAGCUAAAAGAGAACAGUGUCGUGGACGCCAAGAAGAAUAAGCACAAGUUUGAAGAACAGAAAAUCAAGCGCGACGGAUUGGAGCGGUGUGCGUCCGAAUUCGUGAACAAGAUGCUGGAGAUCGUGGAAAGUGACGACCCCGAGGAAGGCGAGAUGCUGCUCAUCAUGAGCGUCUUCCCGUCGUUCUCAGAUAUUUUUGAGCAAAUCCGACGGAGCGACUCGGAGUACGCCAAGCACAGCAUGGGCCACUUUAUCCAGUACGUCGAGGGGCCCAAGAACCGCCCCACUGUGGACAACAGCGGUCUGAUGCAGGUCAUUUUGGGCUUUUUGGAGGACGUUGGUAAGGGCGGACAAGGCGCAAGCGCCUUUGGGUUUUGA